AUGGCAUCGUCAAUCCGGCCGAGAAUCGUCAUUGGAGUAGACUUCGGCACGACCUUUUCAGCCGUAGCUUGGGCCGUAGGAGCGGUGAAUAGCCCGGAAAUUGUCCAUGUUAUCAGAGAAUGGCCACAGCAUGCUGGCGGCAAAACGCGCGCCGAGAAAGUUCCAACAAAGCUCCGACUUAGGCCUCUGAGGAACAAUGACCCUGAAUGGGGAUUCUUGAUACCUACUGAUGCCCCAAACGACGAAGUUCUGCAAUGGUUCAAGCUGAAGUUGGAUGACAGGCCUAAAGUGGCCGCAUUCAUACCAGAAAACAUUCGCGACUACAGUGGACGAAGGAUUGAUCAGGCUAUUGUCGACUACCUUUCUUCCCUUGGGACUGAGGUUAUGCAUACUUUGACCGAUGGCCUUUCAGCUGGAAUAAUUGCAGACUACGAGCUGAAGUACGUGCUCACGGUUCCAGCUAUUUGGAGUGAGCGUGCUACUCAACGGACCCGAAGUGCGUUCCAGGAGGCCAUGAAUAUCCGCAGCGCCGUGGACAUCACCGUCAUCUCAGAGCCGGAAGCUGCAGCAAUCUGUGAGCUCCAGGAAGCGGAGACACGAAUUGUCGACGAAGGUGAAUGUAUCAUGAUUCUCGACGCUGGAGGCGGUACUGUAGACCUCAUCAGCUAUGCCGUUCGACAGCUCCACCCACUCAUAGUUGAUGAGGCAGUGGCUGGUUCUGGUGAUGUUUGCGGUGGUGCCACGGUCACCAGCCGCUUCGAAUCCUGGCUCUUGCCGAAAAUCAGAGACCUGGAAUUCUUCGACGAUGAUGUGCUAAGAGCCGCAGUUGACUCUUUCGACACGAGAAUCAAGCCCAUAGUCAACUCCGCUCGGUUGGCGAGCAAUCAAAGGUUUUAUGUCCCAGUGCCCGGUCUCUCUGACAAUCAACAAGCUGGUAUCAGCAAUGAGCUGUUAAUGGUUUCAGCCUUCGAUAUUGUUUCGUUCUUUCAACCUUGCAUCGAACGAAUCAAGCUGCUUGUCGCGGAGCAGAUUGCUGCUUCCAACGUUCCCAUCACUGCCAUCAUUAUGGUUGGUGGAUUCGGUCAGCGCCAAUACUUGAAAGAAGAACUUGAACAAGACACUUUGAUCCGAGAGCGAAACAUAAAGAUCUGCAAAUCAUGUCGUGCUCGGACAGCUGUGGUUCAAGGUGCGGUGAUGAAGGGUCUCUAUGAAUCCGCUCCACAAGACAGCACGCGGAUCAGGAUUGGCAAAUACAAGGCACGCAAACAUUACGGGACUGAGCUCACUGUCACUUACAGUGACUUGAUUCACUCCGAGGUUUUCAAUAAACGCCGCUGGGAUGGGUUGAACGGUUGUUAUGAGGUGGAAGUGAUGGACUGGUUCAUCAAAAAGGUUAGAAGAUCCUGUCUCCGAAUCGCAAACGUUUUUAAAUUCAGGAACUUCACAGUGACAAGCAAAGUCAACCACGGCAAGCCUCGGAGGCUUUACCUCAUCAUCUACACUGAUGAAACCUCUCAGGUUGCCCCACUGAGCAAGACUGAAAACGUGCGCGAGCUUUGUGCCGUCGACGCAGAUCUCAGUCUGAUACCAGAAAGCCAGAUGGUCAAGCGGCGAGGCACUGACGGCUUUAUGUACUUUUCCACCGACGGCGAAAUUGAAAUUGUCUACCGAGCGCAGACCAUCAGGUUCACCCUGAUUUACAAGGGCGUACGAUAUAAUAGCGUCAACGUGGACUUCUUCUGA